AUGAGAUCAUCCACAAUUGCUAGUAUUCUGCUUUCGAGCCUCACGCUCCUCGAAGCAGCCAGCAUCCGAAGAGCAGCCAAGGGCGUUGCAACCGUUGACCUUUCCAAGACUUCGGGCCAGGCAAAAUCCCUUGCUUCAGGAUGGAUCUACGGAUUUCCCGACAACGGGACAGAAGUAGACACUUCGAUUCCCGCGAAUUACAUUACUGACGUCAAAUUCGGUGCCAGCCGAGCUGGCGGUGCUCAAACCUCGACUCGUGGCUGGGUCGAUGGUUACGACAGCUACCUUCCGCGCUUCAAGUCCACCCUUUCGAAUUACCGUACCACUCGGAAAUACAAUGGCGAGUUUAUACUCCUCGUCCACGACCUAUGGGGAGCAGACGGUAGCAGCAUCCCUCUCUUCCCCGGCGACAAUGGCAACUAUACCGAAACCGACGCCUUCUUGACCCAGCUCGUCAAAGACAUCAAGGCCAACAACAUGCUCGACGGCCUUAUCCUCGACAUCUGGAAUGAGCCUGAUAUUGACUUAUUCUGGGCUCGUACAUGGCCCCAAUUCCUCGAUUACUACGUCCACGCCCACAACUUCCUCAGAAAAAAACUUCCUUCAACCAUGCUAAGCGGCCCUUCCAUGGCCGCCUCCCCUAGCACAAACUCGGAAAACUGGCAAACCUGGCUCAGCACCAUCGCCAGCAAAAACGCCGUCCCGGAUAUCUACUCCUGGCACCAAAUCGGCAGCUGGUCCCGCCAACCCGACGCCACAAUCCCCGACUUCAACACCCUGCGCUCCUCGAACAAACUCCCUGAACGCCCCAUCGACAUCAACGAGUACGCAGCAAAAGAAGAGCAAACCCCCGGCUGCUCCGUGUACUACAUUGCCCAACUCGAGCGGCACAACCUGCGCGGUCUACGCGCAAACUGGGGCUCUGGAACGGGCCUGCACGAUUCGCUCGCUAAUCUGGUUUUUCCAGAGAGUGGCGCUGGGUAUCGUCCGAAUGGCGAGUGGCAGUUGUACAAGUACUACGCUGGCAUGACAGGAGAGAGACUUGCGACAAAGGCCGCGGAUGAUAGUUUGUUUGACGUGUUCGCGACUAAAUCUGCAGACGGCCUUGUCAAGGUUAUCGCGGGGACGCGCAUUGUGGAGGGUCAGUAUGAUAUUCAGAUUAGUGGGUUAGAGGGUGUGGCGGUUAGUGUUGCUACGUAUCGUUUUGACUGGGCGGGGCCUGCGGGCGAGAUUGGGGCGCCUGUGGCGUUGGGUACGAGUACAGUGAACGUUAGUGAUGGGAUGAUUACUAUUUCGGUUGAUCCGGCGACUAAUGCGACCGCGUAUGCGUAUGAGAUUUCUGGUGGGAAGUAG